AUGGAUAUUGGAAGGAGGAAUACUCGGAAAUACAAUUUCAUAUGUCCCGAUCUCAUGGAAUUAAGGAAGCUAGCAUAUUUCGUGGAUGAUCCCAAGGGUUUCAGAGACCGUUUUGGAAGACUUUUAUAUGUGCUAUUUGCUGAUGUUGAGGAUGGUCUUCUUUGUACUUUGGUUCAGUUCUAUGAUCCUGUUUAUCGGUGCUUCACUUUCCUUGAUUAUCAGCUAUUGCCUUCCAUGGAGAAGUAUACUUAUCUUUUGGGUAUACCAGUUUCUGAUAGAGUUCCUUUUAGUAUGGUGGAAGGAAUUCUUGAAUCUCAGAUUAUUGUCGAAGCCAUUCAUAUGAGAAAGUCUUACAUAAAUGCCAAUCUCACUGUCAAAGGAGGUAUCAGAGGGUUGACUUCGAAGUUUCUCUUUGAAAAAGCCUUUUCUUUUGCUAAUGCUGGUAGCAUGGUGGUAUUUGAGAAUAUUAUUUCUUUACUCAUCUGUGGUUUGGUCUUGUUUCCUAACAUUGACAACUUUGUUGAUGUUAAUGCUAUGAGGAUCUUCUUGAUUAGGAAUUCGGUUCCAACCCUACUCGGUGAUACUUAUUUCUCCAUUCAUCAUAGGAAUUCUAAAGAGGGUGGAACUAUUGUAUGUUGUGUAUCUUUACUCUACAAGUGGUUUAUUUUGCACUUUCCAUAA